GCCUCUUUAAAAGAGCGUUGAUCCUUCAGAAGCACAACAGUAUUUUCAAAAUUGGAAAAUACAAUGCCGAACAAACAACCGCCUGAAAUAGCUCCACCGCCUCCAUUGAAAUUUAGUUUGCAUCAAUGGCAUCUAAAUAAUCGCCACAGGUAUCGAUGUUCUGAAGCACAGCAGGAACUAGCAGAUCGGCUACUUAACGAAUCUCAGCGUGUUUGCGAAUUAAGCUCCGAGAAAGUACGAAACAAUAAAGAAGAAACAGAUCACAGGCUGAAAGAAAAAAUCGAGGACAUCGAGUUUCGUAAAAGAGAACUGCUGCGUAUAAGGAAGGAAGUUCUCCUUGAAAUCGAUGCUUUGUCAAUAUACAAGGAGCGUAUCAUGGAUGCUCUGUCAUCCGUGAGGAAAAACGCUUUUGUCAUUUGCGAAAAAUGCCUCAUUUUUAGAGAGCAUAGAUUAGGAAUUGAUUUAGUUCACGACGAUAUAGAAAAAGAAUUAUUAAAAGAAUGUGAAGUGAUCAAAGGCGUCGAAAGUUUAUUAGUUCGGACUCUGGAACAAACGCAGGAACAAAUACGUCGUCUUAAAGCGACGCUUUAUUACAUGGAUCACGAGCUCGAGGAUAAAGAAAAUAAUUUGCGCAUUGAUAAGCACAACUUGACUUUGAAGGAGACCAAUUUAAAUUUAAGUAUUUAUCAUGGUACAUCGCGACUUGAUCCAUCAACGAUAGAGUUGAACGAAUGGGAAAUGCAGACUAAUAACAAUAUCGUUAGCGCUUCGAAAGAGGUAAAUAGCGCUAGACCAUUGCGCUGUUAUAUCGAUACAAUUAUAAAGCAAGUGAUCAAUGAUCUAAAUGAUCAGAAAAAUGCUACUGAUGAGGCUUUUAGGCGGCGCAUCGAAGAAACGAAAGAAGCGAAAAUAAAAUUAGAAUUACAACACGCUGAGAUCAUGCGACAAGCAGCGGAAAUGAAGGAUAAUAUUACACGCAUUGAGAAAUCAAUCGCGGAGAAGGAAAGUUUUUUAGCUUUGGCGCAUACGAGACUCGGUAAUCGUUGUCAAAGGCCAGGAUUAGAACUUACACGAGAUCUAGUGGAAAUUAAUCUUGUAAAGGAAGUAUAUGAUUUACGUGAGAUUGUGUCGAAACUACAAGCAACUAUAUUCGAGUCUCAGGCAUCGUUGCGUUAUUUACUCAAAACACAAAUUCAAAUUGAGGAAGAUAUCAAUGUUAAAAUAAACACGUUAAAAAUCGAUGAGGUCGACUGCAUGACUCUUCGUCAAAGCAUGGAUUAUCACACAUAUUAAAUUAAUUCGAGCAUCGACUGAAUCCAUAAAAAUUUUUAUGUAAUAAAAUGCAAAAAAAGAAGUGGCGGUAUUUAUUAUAAAUAGACUGCAGGUUUUUAUGUAUUUAUAGAAAAUUUAAGAACGAGAUAAUACACUGAAUGCGAAUAAUAUGCAAAAACAUAUAAAACUGUCAAGUACAAACAUAAAUCAAAUAAUUUUCUACAUAAAUUCCAUUUUUUCAAACUUUCUUCAUAAAAAUAUGAAUUUGGAUAAAUAUUCGCAGUCUAUUUAUAAAGUUGAAGCAAUCACUUAUUUAAAAAACUUGUUAUUUCUUAGAAAACUCGAAUUCUAUUUAAUAAGUCUUCGUACAUAGAAAGUUCUCUUAUGUGUCACAAUAUAUACUACUUUUAGAAUUUAAUUGUAUUUGAGAUUGUGUAGUGCUGAUUUUCGGUAAAUAAGUAAAAAUGCAUGCAUCA